AUGGUGUUGAGUGCAAUUUCUGAAGAAAUGUGCUGCGAUACCGAGGACGAAGGCUACCUGUCAGAUGAAAGCACAUCAAGUGAUAUACCUCUUUCGAUCUGGGCAGGUGAGGAAUAUGAGGGUCGCAGAUACCAUGCACUGCAUGCUGGUAGAUACCCUUUUCCCGACGACGAAGCAGAGUACGAACGCCUGGGUAUCAUGCAUCUAGUCUGGAAAUCAGUACUGGAAGGAUCUGAUACUCUUGCAUUGAUCAACGCGUCUGAGCCACUUACCGUACUUGAUGUUGGCACUGGGCCAGGCGAAUGGGCUGUCGAUUUUGCCAGGCAUCAUCCGCAUGCUAUCGUCACUGGUAUCGAUCUAAGCCCACCACGACGGCUUUGGGCACCGCGAAACUUGAGAUUCGAAAUCAGUGAUUUCGACGAACUGUGGCCCUCAACUAAGUAUGACUUCAUCCACGGCAGACUGCUGGCAGGUUCGAUCAGAGAUGCACCUACUUUCAUGAGGAGAUGUAGCGACAGCCUGAAUUCAGGCGGUACUGUGGAGUUACAAGAUGUUCUACCCUUCCGAUGUGACGAUGGCAGUUUGGCAGGAACCUCACUGGAAGAGUAUGGAAUUGCUAUGCAGAUCGCAGCAAGACGACGUGGACUGGAUCUGGAGAUCGCGCUUCAAUAUGAAGCUGCGAUGCGAGCGGCUGAGCUGGAGAAUGUACAUUUCGAGAUCAGGAAGUUACCCCUAAAUGCUGGACUUGAGAACCCAGCUUUCCAUCAGAGUGGAGGCCUUCUUGUGGAGAGUAUACUGGUCGGGUUGAGCGGGAUGUCGCUAAAGCUGUUGAAACAAGACUUGAAUAUGCAAGAGGAGGAGUACCAGAUGCUGCUUUUCAAUGUGCGGCAGGACGUUCGCAACCGGAGAAUACAUGCGUACUUACCAAUUGUCAUUGUCUAUGGUCGCAAACCACGCACAUCACAGUUCUAG